UGUACAAAUAAACAAAAUCUCCUGGAAAAAGCUGUGGGAAAAGAGCACCGGAAGAAAAGAAAAAAAUUUGGAAAAAAAAAAAAAAAACGUUUCGACCGCGAGCUGUCUCUGUCUAUACUACUAUAGUCUGGCGAAUGGCGAUCAUUGUCCCACAGCUCUUUUCUUCUUCCCUCUCGGCUCUUUCUCUUCUCUUCUCUUCCACUGCUUCUCUGCUCUCUGUCGCUUUGGUGGGUUUACAUUAUACCAAAGCUCGGGAAGCUCGUCUUCUCGUCGGCUCCCUCCCCUUCAUUCCAAAUUCCAAACAAUUUUUUCAGCUUGACAUUUCCGCAAACAUUUCGUCUGCACGGGUACAAAAACUCCAGCUCUACCAAGUUCACUCUCUCAAACCACUUCCCUUACCUUUUCUUGUCAUCUCUCGCUGCUGAUGCCUGAUUGCGGUAGAGAGACAGAGAGAGGAGUUGGCGUUUGGUCUAGAGCAUUAGUUGACUUGAUGGGCUGCCGCCAUUAAAUGCCUGCUACAAGUGAAUUGAACUCGUGGCGGCCAAACGCAGCCUCGUCUACAACUACUGCUACUACAAAUCCGACCACCCAUUUCCUAUUUAUGGCGUCCACAAGUUCAACGCCCACGGACCCUUCCUCGUCGCUACCCGAGGAUGCGGCGGCGAAAGCUGCCAACAGAAGGUACGAAGGCCUGGUUGGGAUUCGGACCAAGGCGGUAAAGGGGAAAGGGGCGUGGUAUUGGGCUCAUUUGGAGCCGGUUUUGAUAAGAAACCCAGACACGAAUCUUCCAAGAGCAGUCAAGCUCAAGUGCUCACUCUGCGAGUCCUUCUUCUCUGCUUCAAACCCUUCCAGGACCGCCUCCGAGCAUCUCAAGCGAGGCACUUGCCCGAACUUCGCCUCGUUCCUGAGACCUAACCCCGCCGCGGGUUCGGUUUCGCCUCAGCCCAUUUCGUCUUUGCCUUCUCCUUCGUCAACGCAUAAUCAUCGGAAGCGCCCCUCUCAUUUGGCGACUCCGCUGAAUUCCAUAUCUUUGGUGGACUCCAGUCGAUAUAGUGACGAUGUUGGUGGCUAUUCGAAUAUGGUGUUAAGCCAGCCGCAGCAGCAGCAGUUGGUUUUAUCCGGCGGAAAGGAUGAUUUGGGUCCGCUGGCAAUGUUGGAAGAUAGCGUUAAGAAGCUGAAAAGUCCCAAGUCGUCGUCGUUUCCUUCAUUGAGUAAAGACCAGAUUGAUUCCGCUCUUGAAUUGCUGACCAGCUGGUUCUACGAGGUUUGCGGGUCAGUUUCGUUUUCAAGCAUCGAGCAUCCAAAGUUUCGGGCUUUUCUCCGUCAAGUUGGCUUGCCCCUUUUGUCAAGGAAAGACUUGUGUGGGCCCAGGCUUGACGACAAGUUUCUGCAGGCCAAGACUGAAACGGAUGCUAGAAUUAAAGAUGCUAUGUUCUUUCAGGUUGCGUGCAAUGGGUGGAAGAGCAAAAGUUGCUGUAACGGGGAAGAAAACUGUGUGAAGUUUAGCAUCAAUCUCCCAAAUGGUACGACUUUGUAUCAGAAGACAUUUUUAAAUGGGGGAUCAGUUUCACCAAAGUAUGCUGAAGAGAUUAUGUGGGAAGCAGUGCAAGAAACGUGCGGCAGUGGGUUGCAGAGAUGCAUAGGAAUAGUUGCAGAUAGGUAUAAAGCCAAGGCAUUGAGGAAUUUGGAGAUUCAAUAUCCAUGGAUGGUGAAUCUCUCUUGUCAGGUUCAGGAGUUUGCCAGUCUGAUCAAGGAUUUUGCCGAGGACCUCCAACUUUUCAGGUCUGUUACUGAAAACUGCUUGAAGGUUGCCAUUUUUGUAAACAAUCAAACUCAAGUUAGGAGUAGGUUUCAAAAGUACAGGAUGCAGGAACUUGAUUAUUCCGGGUUGCUUCGAGUUCCUUCAAGCAAGUGUGAUUGUCAGAAGGACUCCGUGGCUGUUUCUGUGAUGCUAGAGGACAUUCUAACCUGUGCCCGUGUUCUCCAGAUGGUUUUCUUAGAUGAAUCGUACAAGACAAUGUUUGUACAGGAUGCUGUUGCUAGGGAAAUUGCUGGGAUGAUUCAAAGUGAACGGUUUUGGAAUGAAUUAGAGGCGGUUUAUUCACUGGUGAAGCUUGUCAGAGGGAUGGCUCAAGAGAUCGAGGCUGAAAGACCACUCGUGGGGCAAUGCCUCCCACUUUGGGAGGAAGUGAAAGUGAAACUGAAGGAUUGGUGUGCUAGAUUUGAUGUAACUUAUGGUCAAGUUGAAAUAAUAGUUGAAAAGAGGUUCAUGAAGAGCUACCACCCGGCAUGGUCUGCAGCAUUUAUACUUGAUCCAGUUUAUCUGAUGAAGGAUGCAAGUGGAAAGUACCUCCCUCCAUUCAAGUGCUUGACUCAUGAGCAGGAGAAGGAUGUUGAUAGGGUCAUUACCCGUCUGGUUUCCAGGGAAGAAGCUCAUGUUGCUUUAAUGGAGCUUAUGAAAUGGCGCUCAGAAGGGUUAGACCCACUUUAUGCCCAGGCUGUUCAGGUUAAGCAGCGAGACCCAUUGACAGGGAAGAUGAGACUUGCAAAUCCUCAGAGCAGCAGAUUAGUGUGGGAGACUUGCUUGAGCGAGUACAAGACAUUAGGCAAAGUUGCUGUCAGGCUAAUUUUCCUCCACGCUACAUCCUGUGGGUUAAAUUUGUCCUGCAUGAAAUGGUUCUCUGUCCUUGGAAACUCAAAGGUCUGCAUUGAAAAGGCUCAGAAGAUGAUGUUCAUUGCAGCUCAUGCGAAGCUUGAAAAAUGGGAUUUACAAGAUGAGGAAGAAAAGGACAGGGAGCUCUUCUGCUGUGAGGAUGCUAUGCUGAAUGAAGUCUUUGACGAUGCACCAUCAGUGUCCCUAAACUGAAGGCUUCCAAGAGUAAUCAGUUUUGAUGGACGGAACAGCAUCUAUGGAGCGGAGAAAUUGACCGUUUAGUCUUGAUACAAGUUGACCGCAAUUGCUAAACCUUUGUAUGUAAAAUGCCUUCUUGAGUCUUCCUCCAGAAAGAGAACAAGUCUACAGUUUUGAUGGAUGCCUACUUAACAAGACUACUAUCUAAAGCUGUGGAAGCCCUUUGGAAGGUUUUGCCUAACAUAUGAAUUGUUAGCUACUAGCAACAAUCACUGUCACACCAUUAAAUCCUGAAAUCCAAACAUACUAGUGUCUAGUAUCCAUACUGCUGGUUAGUAUAUUACGAGAUCAGUAGAUUCUUGUGCAGUUGUGCUACCUGAGCAUUGAUAGAGCUGAGCUAUUUUUGCUAUGUCAUAAUCGAUUAGGGUUUUCUUUUGGCCUUUUAGUUCAGUUUUACUGUCUCCCCUCAACUUCAUGUGUUCUAUAUGAGAUGUUCAUGUUAGUUUGAUCUGAUUCCUUUGUAUUUCAGACCUUACGUUGAAAAUUGACAAACAAUUCUAGGAAUCAACUGAUGAAAACUUACAUGGAUUCAUGUUGCAUAAAAUGCACUUGUGGGCUUGAAAAUAUUGUUUUGAUGCAUCUUUUGUUUUGAUGUUCUUUCUCUUGUUGUGUUGUGGUAGGGGACCUAGUUUAUAAGCCAUGGGUGAAGGACAUCUUCAGUGAAAAUUUUUUUUUUUUUUGGGGGGGGGGGGGGGGGGGGGGGGGGGGGGUGGUCAUAGAACUGCACUUUUACUAAACAUAUUAAGUUGCAUUGUUGCCUUCGAAUAUGAAAACAUUUUCAGUGAAAUUGAUGAACCUUGAAUUCGCCGGAGAGGAAAUUGAAAAUGCAUUUGCAAUCAUGCAGUAUAUAAAUUUGUGGACAUAUUUGUUGAAAGAAUUUGCUGCUAACUGAAAAAGCAAUAAUGUGCCUUAAGAUCUGAAGGUUUCUAACUUUCUAUCCGCUGCAGGUUAAUGGCGGCUUGGAAUGGGUGGAUGAUGAAUCAGCCUUGAGUGACCUGAACAACUGGGUCAACCUUGGAGGCACUCAGGAGUGAAUAUUUGUUUCUGAAGGAGCACACACCUCAUUGAUGUAAGUCUUGCUGAAUCACUUUGGUUGUCUGCUUCUGACCACAGUAGAGCCCCACGAUGGAGAGUGGAUGUCAAUCUCAGUGCUUUUGUUGUGCAGGUCAAAGAAAAGUCAGGGAUAAGGGUCCUCCUUCUUUCCAAUCACCUCCCUCCCUUUUCUCUUCCUCUCUCUAACAUCCCUAUUCUUUAUCUAUUUGGUUACUAUAAUUAUUCCCAAAGUCAUGUCCUACCAUCUUCGAUAACUUGUUUUCUAAACAUUACAAUUUGUGUGACGUGCUUAUUCUCAAGAGAUUCUUUUCCCAUAACAUUUAGUCAAGCUUGAUAGUUGAAGUUCUGUAGAUUAUCAGUUAGGCUGUCAUGGUGUGGCCUAAAGUUAGUCUUGAGCCAAGCAGAAGCAAGAUGGCUCUGUUUGAUAGAGGGGGGGGGGGGGGGGGGGGGGGGGGGGGGGGGCAUGCCAGAAUAGAUUGGUGAAAGCGAUGUAUCAACUUACAUGAACUGAUUUUUUAGGAUAUGCAUUUUAACCUGAUUUAAUUGAAUAUUACUCACAGGUAGGUGACACCAUUAGCAUCAAUGUUCCUUUCCUCCUGUAGAAAGAUGGUUUCUUUAUGCUUCAGCUUAAUCUACUUUAUCCCAUCAUUAUGUAGCAUGUUAAGUGUGUUUAUUAUUUUCACCAAUCUACCCUUUUCACCAUGACGUUCUUUAAAUUUUGGGUCUCUAUGAAACAAAUAGGUUCCCAUUGUAUUAAUGAGCAAAAGUCCAUCAGCUUCACAUCUGUGAAAGAGAUGCCUACCCAAGAGGUCGUGUGUUAUGUGCAUGUGUAUGUGUGUGCAUGUUGGAAUAUAUUCUCUCUCUCUCUCUCUCUCUCUCUCUCUCUCUCUCUCUCACACACACACACACACAGACACAUUUGUAAUGGGAAAGAAAGUCUUGAUCGAUUAACCUUACCCCAGCUUCUGUUUGUAUUUGAUAGUCAAUUUGGUGGAGGCACGUUAUCUGUCGGCAAGGCCGACUGCUCACCAACUAGAAAGGAAAGCUAUUCACUCAUAUGGUAUGGUAUCAUUGUUUACUCCAUUCAUAUUCUUGUUAAAGAGAGUAAAGUAUAAUCAUUGGUAUAGGACAUAACUUUUUUUUUCUUUCCUUCUCUAUGAGAAUCUUCACACUUUCAAUCCCUACUCCAUGAUUAAACUUCCUUUUAUCAUAUCAUACACUUUUUUUUUUUGGUUUCCACUUUGUACAGGUCUUGAUGGUUUUUUGGAUCCAUAGACCGUCCAUGUUAGAUACGUGAAACAUGAUGAUAUUGAAAUUGGAAUUGGAAUUAUUCGUUCCUCAUGGCCCUUCUAUCGAAUUGUUUCAGCCCUUUUUUGCUGUAGCUGGCUUGCUAUUAUGAGGUAACAAGAAAAUUUGUGUUAUUGCUUUAUGAUAUGUCUAUCCAUCAGGUACCUACAGAUUACAGUAUCGAAAUUCAAUAAUGACAGAUAGAUAAAGCAGAAAUAGGAAAAGUAAGGAAGUGAUUAGAACCAUAUAUGAGAUGCAAGAUUAUUUCCCCCCUCUUCCUCUUUUAAAGUUAGUUUACUCUUUUUACAGUGAUGCUUGAUUAGGUUCAAAUAGUGCCUCAUCUGCUGCACCGGCCAUGACUGGAAAAAUCUUCUGGUUGGUAGUUGAUGAAUAGUUAGUUGGUUCCAGGUUCUAUAUAUGGCCUGCUUUUUAUUGCUAGUAUAGAUUAGGGCUGUUCUAGUAUAAACAGAAGAAACCUUUACAGAGGUUAAUGUGAUUCUUGUUAGGUUAAAACAUAGCUCUCAGUUGGUAGGUCCAUAAGAUAGUAAUUAUCUCCAGUAAGAAUGAUGAUUUUAUUGAACCUCUCCUCUAAUUAUAAUUUGUUCUUCUUUUUUGUUGUGGCAUUUUUCAACUUCCAUCAUAUUCCCCUUCCUUCAUCAUUGCCCUUUGCCUACGGCUCCAAAGAGGGACAUACAUCUUUAUAUCAAUUCAAAAGGACACCUUUUCUGGUGUAUUUGAAUUAUUUGGCUGGCCAGUACUCCACAAUUUGGUUCAGCAUUUUGACUUGAAGGGUUUAGAGGGUUAAACAAAAGCAAUUAUCAGGGUUGGUUGCUGCCAUAAUGGAGGUAAUUUUCUUGGCUAAGAAGUGUGAUGAUUACUUCUCUGUUUUCCCCCUCUGUAAUAUUUUCCCCAGGUCUAAGUAUGAAAAUUGCACCAAUUUAGCAUUGAUGCUGUAUGAUUUCUGGAUUUGCGGUUUAAGAUGCUAGGGAGAAAAGAACAAUUGUUACCAAGCAAUUAAGGGUUAGGUGUGGA